AUGAAAAUGACUGAGCAAAAUCACAGUUGCGGGAAAGCUUUGCAGUGCAGGCGUCAGUGCGUGAUUCAAGCUCAAAACAUGUUAAAUGUAUCAUGCCGCAUUGAGACCAUAAACUCCAUGACACGCAUGUCUUCCUGCUGCUUCAUGAUGAAGACAAAAAAAAUGAUUUUGGCCUUAAAGGGCCGAAGCAAGAAAAUUUGA